UCGGUAGCCCUAAGCAGGUCCAGUGAAUUUGCCUCAAGGCCUGGUGCCUGUCCAGCAAAGGAAAUGGAAGUAUUGAAUAUUUCAUGCACAUUCGAUUUGGAUUGUCCAGAACAUAAAAAAUGCUGUGAGACAUCUAAAGGAACUGGUUGCUCCAAUCCUGUACCUGAAGUUGAAAAAGUGACAAAACACUGGUAUAAUGUGUCUGUCCUGGUGAAAAUGGAUUUCAAUGAGUUAAGCAGAGUGGAUCCAAGACUUCUGAACCAUUCUCGUCUUCUCCACUCAAUGAUUAAUGGGGCAUUAUGGCCUUUGAAUGCUUCAGUGUACCAUAUCCGGACAACAAAGGCAGAACCCUAUACAGAGACUGUGGUUUCACAGGUUCUAGUUGGACUGCAAGAAUCGAUUCCAUCAGUGAACGUAUCUUCUUUGCUAAAUGACAUUGUGAUGAGAGUAUCUGAAGUUAUUGACAUAGUUGUGCAAGACUGGGAUCCAGGUUCAUCAGAUGUUCUGCUUCAGAAUAGAAAUUCUGUUUUGGUGCAAAAUUUUACAUCUGCUUCACAAGAAACUGGCAAACCAUUAGAAUCCGAAUGCUAUACUCUUCCUAUCAGAAAUCACAGGAUCUUUGGUGUAACUAACAGCAGUUUUGAAAUGUCUUGGAGUAUAAAUUCUAUGCAGAACCAUUCUUUCCAAGUAGAUAUAUUCAAAGGCAAGGAACUAAUUCAAAGAAUGGAAAUUAUGGAUAUGAAGCUAGAGGUGUCAAACUUGGAAGCUGGUGUCAUGUACACAGUGAACGUCAGCUAUGAAGUUUGUAGCAAGCACAUUUACUCUCACAAGAAUGUGAAGACAGAUGGCUUGAUAUUUGGUUUAACACUGAGGAUCUUGAACUAUAAUUUUACAAAUCAGCUUCUCAACAGCAGCAAUAUAGAAUAUCAGGCGUUUUCUGGCAGUUUGAUGACUGAGAUUAGAAAUUCAUUCCCUUCCAAUAUGUCAGCAUUAUACAAAAUGGGGAUGUUGAAAAUGCACCUUGACUCUUUUAAAGCUGGUAGUAUCAUUGUGAUACUUAAAAUCAUAAUAGGAGACAUGCAGUUUCCUAAAGACUUAUCUGUGUUUGAUUCAAUGAUUUCCUCACUAUACAAAAGUCGUGUGUUCCUUCUUGAUCCCAACAGCUCUGUAGUAGAAGACUGGAAUGAAUGUGCAUCUAGAGCAGAGAAUGAUUGCUGUAUGUUUGCAAGUUGUAUCAAUACAAUAGGCUCAUACAUAUGCAGAUGCAAGACAACGACAGAUGCCAAUCCACUCCGACCUGGGAGAAACUGUGAAGGUGAAAUUGUGGAUCCUACUACUGAAAUGGUACCUACAUUGGAAGCAAAUGUUACAGAAGGACUGUCAGUGAUUAGUGCCACUGCUCUGUCCAUGACAGAGAGCACAGUGAUUCCAUUCACUCCUAAAUCUACCGAGGCAAUGACAGUGCCCCCAAGUGGCACUCAAAUGUCAAACACUCUUUCAAUAGCAAAAAAUGUGCCAGCAUCUCAGAGUACAAGCACAUUAGGCUAUGUCAAGGAUAAUAAGAUUCUGAGUACCUCAGCAACAACAAGUCUAGCGACAACUAUGUGGGGCAAUGUCACAACAUCAAAUAGAAAUUUAGCAGAGGAAGGAUUAUCGAAACAAAAACAGCAGAACUCUUCAUUGUCCACGUUACCUGGAGUUUCAAAUACUACUGUUUAUCCUUUUGUGACAAGUGGGACUGUAGGAGAGGCAAGCACACCCAGCCUCUUAACUGACAGAAAUUCUCAGAAAGAUCCAUCCCUGAAUGUAACAGAACAUCCUGCUCUAAAUCAAAGCCUUGAUAAAGAGGUGGGGAAAGAUAACAGAUCGUGGUCAGAGGAAAAAAUAUCCAAAAUGUCCCUGUCUUCCUCUGAGGAGCACACCCAUUCCGCCUUUGCUACAGAUUGUGGUGUGCCUCCUCAAGCUGGAAGAAUUAUUUUUUCCAAUAUAACCAGUACUAGCUUUCAUGUCGGCUGUCCCACAAAUUUUUCACAGAAUUCUGCUUUCCAGUUUUUUCUCUUUGAGGGAAAGCAGCUUCUACAAGAGAUUAAAACCCAGAGCAGCAACUUGACUUUUUCCAGAUUAAAACCUGGGAUUUUGUAUACUGUGGAAAUGCAGGUGGAAGUUUGUGGAAAGAAAGGUAAACUAGUACAGCAUAAAGUAAUGACAGCUGUGCAGAAAUUUAAUGGAACAGUCAGGAUAUCAAAUAUGAACUAUAGAUCAGAGUUCAGCGAUUCAAGUAGUGAAGAGUUCCAAAAUUUUACACAGUUGUUUCUCACUGAAAUACGCACAUCUCUGCCCCUUAGCAUUAUUCAGAAAAUGGAUGCUGGUAUGAUUCAAAUGUUGAUAAUGAAUAUUACCAAUGGAAGCAUAGUGGUAAGCUUCAGUCUCCUGAUUCCAGCAGAUAUGGAUGCAAACAAUGUUACUAGAUCUUUUCUUGAAGCUUUUCAAAACAAUUGCUAUUUGAUGAUUGAUAACAGCAGUGUCUCCAUACAUGAUUACGAUGAAUGUGUGAGAGAAGAAACUGAUUGUUCCGCUGAUGCAUCUUGCUAUAAUACUUAUGGAUCAUAUGAGUGCAACUGCAAAGAAGGAUUUAUCAAUGUAAACACUGAGAGACCUGGGAGAAUCUGUGAAGCCAAAGGUUUGGAGAAUACAGUCACAAGCUCUUCAGUUAAUAAAGCAUUAACAGAACCAACAGUGAAUGACCGUAAUUCACUUCAAGCUUCAUCCUUGCCAUUCACUAAGUUUUCAAUUAAGAAUGAAGUCCAAGUGCUUUGUGAGUUUGAAAAAAUUGUCAUCUCCAUCCAGAAGGCUUUCCUGCAGAACCGAUCAAUCCCAGAAUCUUCUUUUUACCUGGGAAGACCUCACUGCAAUGUAAGCAAAAGCAAUUCCAGUCAUGUCAUUCUUCAAACCGGAUGGAAUGAAUGUGGAACUGAAGUACAAAGUAAUACAACACACACCAUAGUAAAAACAAUUCUCCGAAAUGAUAUGUCUUCCCUGGGUGUUAUCCACCAUUUAAGAGUUGCCAGCCCGAUUCAUUGUGUGUUUCCGAAUGAUCUCUUGACUUCAUCUGGAUACACUCAGGAAGGAGUUUAUACAAUGUUUGAGGAUUUACAUGGAUCAGGACGUUUCUUAACAGAAAUGCAGUUGUUCAUUGGAAAUUCUCCAGUUCCCAAAAAUUUCAGCAUCUCUGCUAGUGAAGACAUAAUGAUUGAGGUGGGAAUUCAGACAGAAGAUAGCAAGCUCAAGGUGGUUGUUGGUGAAUGUUGGGCGACUCCAACUAAUAACUCAAUGGAUCUUCUAUCAUUUCCUUUUAUACAUGGCAGCUGUCCAGUUCCAAAUACUCACACCACAGUGAUUUCAAAUGGGAUGUCCAGAAAAGCCCAGUUUAAGCUGAAAAUCUUUUCUUUUGUGAAUGACUCAGUGGUUUACUUACAUUGCAAAAUCCAUGUUUGCAUGGAAACACCUGGAACUACUUGCAAGGCGAGCUGCAGUGGGUUCCGUUCUCAAAGGAGUGGGGAAACUAUUGCAAUGCCCAGGACAUCUUGGGGGCCUCUGCGCAAAUCCAGUGAUGAUUUAAAGGACAAGAAAGUGCCUGGCUUAGGAGCAGGAUAUAUAAUACUCAUUGUGCUUGGUAUAUUUGUUCUUGCACUGGGAACAGUGGGAUUUUUUGUUUGCCGACACCAACGGAAGGCUGGCACAUACAACUUCAAAAUCAAAUCUGACAAUUUUAACUACCAAGUGUUCUGUGAUUGAACAUUGCAGUCUUAUCACGUAGCCUUCAUGGCCAAGGAGGAAGCAUGGCCACUGCCUACAUGGAUAUCCCUCUGGAUCAACCUGAGAACAUCUAUAACAACUUCUUGGCAAAAUGUAUGCCUGUGAC